UCCGGGUUUCAGCAGUCUGGUCCAGAUCCUCCGCUCCUCCUCAGCUCAACACACACAUCCAUUGUACACAAACGGGCAGGCGGCUCACGCAUACACACGCACUCACACACAUACAGACACAUAUACACACAUAUACGCACACACGCACAGCAUCGAUCGUGGCUCCUUUAAGAAAGCCUAAGCCAGAAUUAUCACCCCACCUCCUCUUGAUCUCCUCUAGACGCUUUUGCAUAAGAAAAUCAAGCCGGGAACCGAGAGUGAUCAAAGAAAACGAGAGGAGAGCUGCUUCAUUUUUUAACUGUGAUUGUGACCAUUAACAUUUAGGUGGUGCCGAUCCCGUGGAGACGCGCGUCGGACCAUCAUUCAUCCGGUACUUUUGACAAGCCCUCGCGUUUUGACUGACAGGCGAAGUGGCAAAAAGCCAUGAGAGUCGCCAGUUUUGUUUGAGGGGCUAUUUUAUUUUCACACUGGUUUUGGAAAAGCAGCCUGGCGCCGCUGCUCCGAGGAUAGCCGAGGACCUAUUCGCCGCGCCUGGGCUAAACUUGCACAGUGAGCGGGGGCUGGCUCCACCGUUCCGUGGAAAAAAAGGCAUACGGGAUUUUGGCUGAAACAUCUUCCCAUUUACUUGGAUUUUCUUUCUUCAUUUUGUCUCCACCCUGGCCUCAGAGGGGAUUUAUCUAAACUGAAGGGACGACCAGGGAGUGAGGAGGGUUAUGGCGCAACGGUACGAAGACUUGCCCCACUACGGGAUGGACGGUGUGGGCAUCCCGACCACCAUGUACGGAGACCCACACGGCGCCCGGUCCAUGCAGGCGGUGCACCUCAACCACGGGCCCCAGCUGCACUCGCACCAGUACCCGCACACUGCCCACACCAACACCAUGCCUCCCAGUAUGGGCUCCUCCGUUAACGACGCUCUCAAAAGAGAUAAAGACGCUAUAUACGGGCACCCCCUGUUCCCUUUGCUUGCACUGAUUUUUGAGAAAUGUGAAUUAGCGACUUGCACCCCCAGAGAGCCCGGGGUGGCAGGAGGAGACGUCUGUUCAUCGGAAUCUUUCAAUGAAGACAUAGCAGUGUUUGCAAAACAGAUUCGGGCAGAAAAGCCCUUAUUUUCAUCGAAUCCAGAAUUGGAUAAUCUGAUGAUUCAAGCCAUCCAAGUUUUACGAUUUCAUCUUCUGGAGCUGGAGAAGGUACACGAGCUGUGUGAUAAUUUCUGUCACCGGUACAUCAGUUGCUUGAAAGGCAAGAUGCCCAUCGACUUGGUCAUAGACGACAGAGAGGGCGGAUCCAAAUCAGACAGCGAGGAAAUCACAAGAUCAUCGGUGGCCCUUGAUCAGACGUCCUGGAACAGAGAUCAUGACGACACAGCAUCUACGCGCUCUGGGGGCACACCGGGACCAUCAAGCGGUGGGCACACAUCGCACAGUGGCGACAACAGCAGUGAACAAGGUGAUGGCCUGGACAACAGUGUGGCCUCACCAAGCACAGGGGAUGACGAUGACCCGGAUAAAGAAAAGAAACGCAACAAGAAGAGAGGAAUCUUCCCUAAGGUGGCCACCAACAUCAUGAGGGCAUGGCUCUUCCAGCACCUAACGCAUCCCUACCCCUCAGAAGAACAGAAGAAACAACUGGCACAAGACACAGGACUCACCAUCCUACAAGUGAACAACUGGUUCAUCAAUGCGAGGAGGAGAAUAGUCCAGCCUAUGAUUGACCAGUCAAACCGUGCAGUAAGUCAAGGAGCUCCCUAUAAUCCAGAUGGCCAGCCGAUGGGGGGCUUCGUCAUGGACGGCCAGCAGCACAUGGGAAUCAGACCACCUGGACCAAUGGGUGGGAUGGGAAUGAACAUGGGCAUGGAAGGUCAGUGGCACUACAUGUAGCCCCACCCAAGUCUGACCCAUCGCAACACAAAGGGGGAUAACUGCAGGGCAAACCAGGGGAUCACCUGUCUCACUGAGGCCUACUGAGCAUGGGAAUGGGACUCCUGACUCCAGGACAACACCAGCCAAAAGCAAACCCCUCUGUCCACCUCCCAAGACAUUUUUAUUUGGCUGAUAUCUUCACCAUGGAAACCUUCCAUGACUGCCUUCAAACCCAUGCCUACUUCUCCAGUCGAUGCUGAUGCACAGAAGAUCAAAUCCUUCCAAACCCAGCCCCUCCAUGCUUGUCCUGAUAGACCCCUGCUUCUUCUCUGGUGGGCACCAGACUCUGCCCCCUUAAAAGUGAUUGCGAUCGAGAGCUUUGAUGACACAUAAGAGACACAUGGGGUCAUUUGCCUGUAUCUUUGGCGAAUAUGGCACCUAGUGAUAUAUUCUAGACCCUCUGGUGAACAAAAGAACCUUCCUGUGAAGAGCACUCCACUCUUUGGGACGAUGGAAAUGGACCAAGGAGAAGCCAAUGUCUGUAUCUGACAGGACACUAACAAAGCAGCAGAGGUGCCCUUUAAAAUGAUAGUGGAUUGAAACAUGGAGGGUGAAAAACACAAGAAAAGAGAAAGAAUGAAAGUUUUAAAAUAUAACUAUAUCAACCCCUUGUUUGGGAUGUGAGUGGAGACAAAAAAUAUACUGUAUACUGUUGUAAAAUUACGCUGGACUCUCACAUGGACUGGGAAUUUAAGUAUUGUAAAUGCUAUUGUAUUGUUCUGCAUAUUAUGUUGUUUCUAAUAGAUUUUUUAAAAAAGGAUGUGAACUUUUUCUCUUUUUUCUGGUUUCUUUCCACACUGUAUGUGUGCUGUAUGUGUAUGGGGACCUCCUGCCCCCUCCCUCCAUUGAAUCACAAUGCAUUUUUAAAAGAAAGAAAAAGCGAAUAAACGGACAAUAUGAUCAGUCGGUCAUUUCCUGCAGGCCUUUAUUCAUAAGGCGCGGUAACAUAGUUAAGGUGUCCUGUGUUUAUACAUACACACAGCUCAUCUGUGUACCUACAAAGUUACAAGGUGUAGGUGCUUGUAUUACUGUUGCUGUGUCAAAACCUUGUCACUCCAAUCUUGGUGCUUUUUUUUUAUGCUUUCAUAUCAAUUGAUUAUGCUCCUCUAAAAACAGAACCUUGCAAUUUGGUACAAAAAAGUAAUAGCAUCUUGGGAUAAUGAAAUCUUUUUUAAAAAGUUAUUU